UAGAAUUAUUUGAUUUUUUCUGACAGUGCCACGCAAUUCCUAACAAAAUUUUGUUGAUUUUUCUUCAGUGAAAUAACAAAAAUAUAUUGAAAAGUUUGCGACGAUUUGGAAAAUUAUCUGUAUUUUUAAGUGUAAGGUUUUUUUGAAAAUAGAGAAAAGGUAUUAAUUAGUAACACAAGGAAGCAAAAAGAAAAUGGGAUCAAGUCAUAGUGUAGAAAUUCCCGGUGGAGGCACUGAGGGCUACCACGUAUUAAAGGUACAAGACAAUUCUCCUGGACAAAAGGCUGGUUUGGAAGCUUUCUUUGAUUUUAUUAUAGCCAUAGCUGGUACGCGCCUGGAUCAAGAUAAUGACAUGUUGAAGGAACUGUUAAAGCAAAAUGUUGAUAAGCCAGUAAAAAUAGUGGUUUACUCGAGUAAAACCCAAACUGUACGAGAAUUAACGUUGACACCAAGUUCGGGUUGGGGUGGUCAAGGUCUUUUGGGUGUUAGCAUACGUUUUUGUUCGUUUGAAGGUGCCAAUGAACAUGUUUGGCAUAUUUUGGAAGUUCAUCCUAAUUCUCCAGCGGAGGCUGCAGGUUUGAGAGCCUACACAGAUUAUGUUAUAGGUGCAGAUGCUAUAAGACAUGAAAAUGACGAUUUAUUUACUUUGAUUGAAACUCAUGAGCAGCAGCCAUUAAAAAUGUACGUCUAUAACAUUGAUGAUGAUGCCUGUCGGGAGGUGACUAUCAAGCCAAAUACCCAUUGGGGAGGUGAAGGUGCAUUGGGUUGCGGCAUUGGUUACGGUUAUUUACAUCGCAUACCCAUACAGGCUGGUAAUGCUGCUGUUGCUAAGCCACCAACAACUAUACCGUCAUCUACUAGUGUUGCUGCUCCAUUGCCAACAUCCAUAUCAGCUCCAGUUAUACCAGCAACUGCACCAAGUACAGUUAUAGCACCAUCUUUGCCUUAUGUGCCUCCUCUAAGUAAUACAUUUGCUGCUGCUACGACUACCGCUGCAAUUCCUACUACUUUGACAACAGCGCAACAGGAUAGUGUGGUCAAUCCUCCGACCCAAAGUGUGUUUAAAGCCUACUUUAAUCCAGAUGAUAAUACACCAGAAUUGAUAACAGCACCAGAAUCAAAUACUGUGGAAAAUACUGAGGAAACUACUAGCGGAAAUACAAAACAAUUAAAUGAACAAAUUUCUUCUAUUGAGACUUCACAGUCUCCAGCGACACAAAAUGAAAAUUCGGCAAUACAGUCUGAAGCCAACUAUGUCACUGUUCCAUCAUCUGUCACUACUACUUUGCCACCACCUUCGAAUCUUUAUAUACCCGGCUUGAUAGAAACAUCUGGCUCUAUGCCGCCCAUGCAGCCACCAACACAAUUACCAUACCCCCAAGCUACUGCUCCCCCACCGCAGAUGACCGCUAACGCAAUUCCUAUGUAUUCGACUGGUAUACAACAAUACAUGUCAUCUCCAGCAGCUUUAUCGUACCCGGCUGCACAAACUGUCCCUAGUUAUCCACAAAUACAACCUUCAAUGGGUGGUUUAUAUCCAACGCAAACUACACCCAUGCCACCACAAAUGGCUGCCUAUCAACAGCAACAACAACAGCAGCAGAUGCAACACGCCACACCAUUAGUACCCGUUAUGGCACCAACAACUACAUCUGCUCCCGUUAUGCCACCACCUCCAACAUCGUCGUCUAUGAAUCCCUUUACUCCUCCACCACCCACUUCAACAGCAUUUAAUAAUUAAGUUAUAUAUUAAAAAAGAGUUUAUACUUAUACAUAAAUUGUUUAUUUUUUGUUUAAAUAUGUCAAUAACCUUAUCUUCCUCUCUUUCCUCUCAAUUUUAAUUUCUUUAUUAAUCAUUACUCAUGACAAAGCUGUUAUACCCCUUACUAUCUCUACAGUGACUAUUUAAUGAGCUUUUAUUUUUUAAAAGUCCAUUUCAUCUUUUUAAAUGCUUAUUUUAACAACAAAAAAUUUUUUUGAAUACAUAUGUUUUAAUUAAGAGUUUUAAAUCGAUUUGAGUAUUACAAUUAACUAAUAAUUUUCAAAAUUAAAUGGACUUUUUAUACAAUUCAAAAAAUAGCUCAAACCUUAUUUAAUAUUUUGUUUAAUUUUUUGUUUGCCUUAUUGAUUGCUUUAUAUAUAAAAUAUAAAGAACCCUUAUAAUGAUAUGAAAGAAUUGAUGGUUUUUAAGUAAAUUUUUAUUACAUUAUUACAAAAAUUUAUAUGUACACUUUAUAAAUAAUAACAAUUAAAUAUUUCAAAUAUUUGUACUACUUCAUCUGUAUGUACUACUAUUAAUAAUUAUUAUAUACAUAUACUUAGAUAAAAGCAAGUCACAACAAAAACUUACAAA